GGAGGUUGGGGGAAGGGAAGAGAAAGAAAAGGAGGGGGGAAGAGGAAGGUGGGGAGCGAAGGGGCGGAGUCUGGUGGCGGCGGCCCCACGUGCCCCGGCCGGGCAGCCCAAUGGACGCUCGUGUUUCGGAAAGAUCUCCAUAUAUGGCCAUGUUCUAGGGCUGCGCGCGCCGCCGCCGCGCGCUCGUGCCUCGCUCGCCCUUUAAAUACCGGCGGGGGAGGUCGAACACGGUCUCACUCAGUGGUAGCCGGCAGCACUUGUAGGCUACUUUGGACGUACCCCCUUUACUUGCCCCCUCCCUUCCCCCGGCUCUAAAUUCGCAGACUAGAACGGUGCGCCGCCUCAGAUUAAACAAAAAUGGAAGAAGAAAUCGCUGCUCUCGUCAUUGACAAUGGCUCUGGCAUGUGCAAAGCUGGCUUUGCUGGGGAUGAUGCUCCUCGGGCUGUGUUCCCCUCCAUUGUUGGACGCCCAAGACACCAGGGUGUCAUGGUGGGAAUGGGGCAGAAGGACAGUUAUGUUGGUGAUGAGGCCCAGAGCAAGAGAGGUAUCCUGACUCUGAAAUACCCCAUUGAACAUGGCAUUGUUACCAACUGGGAUGACAUGGAGAAAAUCUGGCAUCAUACCUUCUACAACGAGCUUCGUGUAGCUCCCGAGGAACACCCUGUUCUGCUUACAGAAGCUCCUUUGAACCCUAAGGCCAACAGAGAGAAGAUGACACAGAUCAUGUUUGAGACCUUCAACACCCCAGCCAUGUAUGUUGCUAUUCAGGCUGUGUUGUCUCUGUAUGCCUCUGGUCGUACCACUGGUAUCGUUAUGGACUCUGGUGAUGGUGUCACUCACACUGUGCCCAUCUACGAGGGUUAUGCCCUUCCCCAUGCCAUUCUUCGUCUGGAUUUGGCUGGCCGUGACCUGACAGACUACCUCAUGAAGAUACUGACAGAAAGAGGGUACAGCUUCACCACCACAGCUGAAAGGGAAAUUGUUCGUGACAUCAAGGAGAAGCUGUGCUAUGUUGCCCUGGACUUCGAGCAGGAGAUGGCCACUGCUGCUUCUUCCUCUUCCCUGGAGAAGAGCUAUGAGCUUCCUGAUGGCCAGGUGAUCACCAUUGGCAAUGAGAGGUUCAGGUGUCCCGAGGCCCUCUUCCAGCCAUCCUUCUUGGGUAUGGAAUCCUGUGGCAUUCAUGAGACCACUUUCAAUUCUAUCAUGAAGUGUGAUGUUGAUAUCCGAAAGGAUCUGUAUGCCAACACAGUAUUGUCUGGUGGUACUACCAUGUACCCUGGUAUUGCUGACAGAAUGCAGAAAGAAAUCACAGCCCUGGCACCUAGCACAAUGAAAAUUAAGAUCAUUGCUCCCCCUGAACGUAAGUAUUCCGUCUGGAUUGGUGGCUCUAUUCUGGCAUCUCUCUCCACCUUCCAGCAGAUGUGGAUCAGCAAGCAGGAAUAUGAUGAAUCUGGCCCAUCCAUUGUCCAUCGCAAAUGCUUCUAAAUGGACUGCUAGCAGAUGCGUAGCAUUUGCUGCAUGAGUAUUCACAAAGUAAAAAUUUGCCCUGGCAAAUAUACACCUCAUGUUAGCCUCAUGAAACUGGAAUAAGCCUUCUUUGAAAAGAAACUUGUCCUUGGGGAAGUUUGUAUCUGAUAUUAGACAAAUAUCAGCACUUUUUAGAUUGUUGAACCGUUACUGAUUUGACCUCGUAUUCAAGUUAACAGUUGUUCCCUUGGUGUACAUUUUAGCAUACCUUGUACAUAUCUUUGAUCUAAACCCUGAUACAGGUCACUUCAUUUUGACAGGUAAGGCUAAGAGUUGACUUCUACAGAGAAUUGACCUGAUAAUACGGCAAUAUAGCAUUUGGCUGGUUGACAACUCAACAGCUGUACAGUUUAGUUCUAUAAAGCAUCAGAUCUGUGCAGGGUAUCUAAAGGUCAGAUUUCCAGCAUCUAAAAGAGCUGACUUGCAGAAUUUCUCUCCUAAGGCUGGCAAGAAUUUAUUAAAAUGUGUGUUGCAUCUUGCCACCAUUCUAGCAGGAAUACAUAUUGAAUCCAAGCCUUAGGAACCAGUUUUUUUUUUUUUCUUAACCCACUGUUUUCCCCCAAUGUCAUGGGGCUAAGUUACUCAACCUUGAGUUGCAAAAAAGUUUGCAUUUACAACCUGUAAAUUUGUGCAUCUAGUUAAUUUAUGUAAGAUUUUUGUACGUUGCCUUAAUGUUCUCACAUGACCAGUAGAAUACCAAAAUUUGUAAGUCAUCCUAAGAGUUGAGAAUUGUAAUGCCCAACACGUCAUUGUGUAAGGAAAAAUAAAAGUGCUGCAAGUAAACUGAA